AUGAUGCGGCCGCAUAGUCACGCAUUUUUCAACGUUCCUACCGCGUUCUGGGAUGCCGCCUCGGAAGACAACGACGCGGCCAUGCGGCAGCUGCUGGCGGGCCGCGGGCAAAAGGCGCUAGCGGCCAUCCACGCGGCGUCCAGUGCCGGCCAAAACGCCAUGGCCCUGGCAGUGAACAUGGCGCAGGAGUCAAACCUGGCGGCAAACCUUGCGAACCAGGCCCAGGCGUAUCUGGAACGGUACGUGUACGGGCGGCCCAUGUCCGCGCUCCCGGCGAACGUCGCCCCGGAACCCCCCGCGUUGAUGACCCCGCCGCGGGAGAUUGCGAUGCGAGGAAUUUAUUUCCCGCCAUGUGUUGCGGAGGACCCUGCCGUGGGCGUGGCAGUCUUGUCGGGAGUGGCCUCGCUGUUGCGGCCGAUGUCAGGCAGUAGUGGUGGUGGUCCUUCUCCAUCAAAGAGGUCAUCUAGUUUUUCAACAAGAAGACCACAGCUCGCUCAAGACAGUAGGAAACGGAGAAUUUUUGGGAGAAGCGAGGUUAUUUCAUCGCGGCAGUUGCAGCAGUGCGGGGAUGGUAUCGUGGGCGAAGAUAUUAAGGCUAAAAGAGAUCAUGCUACUUCUGCUCUACUUAUUCGCGAUGCAAAUGAAGUAGAUAAAGGGUCAGCAAUGUUGUUCCUUUAGAGAUGUUUGAAGAUUCUGCUCUCGUUUCCGUUUCUUUUUUGCAGAACUGCACUGGCAGAACUAAGUUGAAGAAGAUUUUGAAGCCGAAUGAUUUCUUUGCACGAUGAAAAAAAGCGGAAUAUGCUGCUUUAUGGCGUUUGAUUGUUCGAGAU